CUUCCCUCCCCUUUGUCGAGCAUGUUGUCAUCAUCUUAUUCCUUUCUCUUCCUCCCAUGCUGGUAAAUCAAACCACUCGUAGGCCCAGAAGAGGAGAGGGGAACUACUACUAUCUACGGUGAUGGAGACAGCGCUAGUGCUGACGGAGUGGUGAACAAGUAGAAGUAGAAGAAGAAGAAGAAAGAAGAAGCGCAUACAAUACAGCAACAUGGUGGUAAGGGGAGACCGUAGUAGUUGUGUUAUAUAAAGCACUGGUAAAGGUUUGUGUUAUCUUUUGGGACUUCUUCUGCCACAAAUUCCAAGGUGUAUGUUUCUGUUUCUCAUCCCUUCCUAAACUUAAGACCAUAGCACUCUUUCAAAUGUCCCUCGGUUAAACUCUUCCGGAAUCCGAUGAUCGUUUUUAUGUGCUAGCUAGGCAGGCCUUUUCAUUAGUCUCUCCAAUUCUUUCAUUCUUUCCUGCAUAUAACUUAAUUCACAUUCUUUUGUCAUUACAUUACAAUUAUUUUCCAUUUACAGAUUCGAUUCAUAUAGGAUCAACACUUUGAAUUUGUAAAGAUAAAACCAAACCAAACAUUCAUUUUCUCCGUUUGUUAAAUUCAUCGGAUUCCUUUUUUUUGCUGGACAUAAAAGAACCCCUUAGAAACUAAGUUGUCACACACUCACAUAGAUUGUCAACUGCAUGCAAAUUGAGUUUUAGAGGAAAAGGAUAGAUUUUGUUGAACAGUUAAUAAAGUUAUUACUAGAUAGAGAGAAAGGGAAGGGAAAAAGAAGCAGGUAGCAGCACUGGGGUGAGUGAAGCAACCGGCGCCACAAAAAGCAUAGACGAUGUUGGCUGGGUGUUCUAGUUCGACAUUGUUGUCACCGAGGCACAGAUUGAGGAGCGAAGCAUCAGCACAGUUUCAAGCCUGCCACUUCCAGAUGAACACGCAGCGAUUGGAUUUACCAUGCACCACCACCUUCCCUCGCAAAGACACCUCUUCACGUUCUCAGCCCCUGAGGCCAGUGGGGCUCUCCGUGGAGAAGCCACUAGAAUCCAAGACCAGCACCUGUUCCCUCAAGCACAACAUUCGACUCCCACCCUUGGCAACCACAGCAGCACCAACACCCCUGGGGGCAGAGAGAGAGUCAAUCAAGGACAAGAGUUUGAAAAGGCUCGCGGAGCAUGAAGAGUCCUUCCACAUAUCCAAGAGGAUCAAAAAGGGUAGCACCACCACCGAGUGUGGUGACAACUUUUGGUUUCAGCCAGGCUUGGAGAGUAACGCCACUACUUUAGGAGGGCUUAACACUUCACUACCUUUCUCUUCGGAAGAAGAGAGAGUCUGUUUUGUUCCUUCUGAAGUGGUGUCUCAUUCUUCCCCUUUGCCUUUAAACCCUUGGCUGGAAUCAUGUGUGACCAAGAUAACAAAUUUCGGUGAGGGUAGCCAGCAUCCUCCUCCACCUCCUCAUCAUCAUCAUCCAAGAGAAGGUUCAGUCUCCAACGCUUCUUCAGAGAGCCAAGGGCUGAGCCUGAGAGUAAACGACAACGUAUCAGAACAUGAAGUGGGAAACGGUUCAGGGAAUCCUUACCAUCAGCACCAGGAGGUGGUGGAGACAGGGGAGGAGGAGGAUCAUCACGGGUUCGAGCUUGUAAGCUUGUUAACCGGCUGCGUGGAUGCAAUAGUGUCGAGAAACGUGAGCGCAAUCAACCACUUCAUAGGAAAACUGGGUGAUUUAGCUUCUCCAAAGGGAAGCUCCAUAAGCCGCAUAUGCGCUUACUUCACAGAAGCAUUAGCCAUUCGAGUGACAAGGGUUUGGCCUCAUGUUUUUCACAUCAGCACCACUUCUCGGGACAUGGUGGAUGAAGAGGAAAACGGCACCGCAUUGAGGCUUCUGAACCAGGUGACGCCCAUUCCCAAGUUUCUUCACUUCACAUCGAACGAGAUGCUGCUGAGGGCUUUCGAAGGGAAAGACAGGGUUCACAUAAUAGACUUCGACAUCAAGCAAGGUCUCCAAUGGCCUAGCCUGUUCCAGAGCCUAGCUUCGAGGACAAACCCUCCGAGUCACGUGAGAAUCACGGGGAUAGGCGAGUCAAAGCAGGAACUGAACGAGACCGGAGACAGACUGUCGGGUUUCGCGGAAGCGUUAAACCUGCCCUUCGAGUUUCACCCAGUGGUGGACAGACUGGAGGACGUGAGGCUGUGGAUGCUGCACGUGAAGGAGAACGAAACGGUGGCGGUGAACUGCGUUUUGCAGCUGCACAAGACGCUCUACGACGGGAGCGGAGGAGCAUUGCGGGACUUCCUGGGGCUGAUUCGCAGCACAAACCCUAGCGUGGUUGUGAUGGCGGAGCAAGAGGCGGAGCACAACGAGGCGAGGUUGGAGGCUAGGGUUUGCAACUCGUUGAAAUACUACUCGGCGGUGUUCGAUUGCAUCGAGGAGAGUGGGGUUGGAGAGGAGAGUGCGGUGAGGGCGAAGGUAGAGGAGAUGUACGGGAAGGAGAUACGGAACAUAGUGGCGUGUGAGGGGAGGGAGAGGUUGGAGAGGCACGAGGGGUUCGACAAAUGGAGGAGGAUGAUGGUGGAGCAGGGAGGGUUGAGAUGCGUGGGGGUUUCGGAUAGGGAGAUGAGUCAGAGCGAGUUUCUGGUGAAGAUGUACGCGUGCCAGAGUUACCGUGUGACCAAGCAGGAGAAGGAGGGAGCUACUGGGCUUACGCUUUCUUGGUUGGACCAACCUUUGUACACUGUUUCCGCUUGGGUGCCGGUUCAUGUUCAUGUUGCGCUUGCGGCGGGUACCUCUUCCUCUUUUUCUCAACCACCUUCAUAGGGAAAUACUAUUACUAUUAUUAUUAUUCUUUCAUUCUUUGUUGCAGAUAAGAUUUCUUUCUUUUUUUUAGCUAUAUUUCAUACAUUUCGCUUCAAUUUCUGCUCAUUGUUUUAUUCAUUCUUUAUGUAACCUGAAAUUCUUUGUCAUUCAAAUGAAUUCAGUCAUUCAUUUCUCUUCU